AAGCCCCCAGCCUUGUAAUUAGGGAGCGCGCUGAGCUGCGAGAUGUGCAAGGGCCCCGGGCCCGCGUGCAGCGGGAAAGUGAAGACGUGCGAGGCCGGCAAGGACGCCUGCGUGACCGUCGUGGGCGAGUCCAGCACAAAGGGCCACCACUCGGUGAACACCUACAAGGGCUGCAUGAAGUUCAGCGACUGCUCUUCGGGUUUUGUGUCCACCACCAUGGGCCCCAAGGAUUACAUGGUGUCCAACACCCGCUGUUGCCAGAGUGACGGCUGCAACCGCGACUCCCUGCCUGCUCCCCCGAACAAUCGCACUGAGAAUGGGCUCCAGUGCCAGGCCUGCAUCACACCCUUCCAGGAGACCUGCUCGGAGACCCAUGCAGCCCGCUGUGUUGGCCAGGAGACCCACUGCAUCUACUUCGCUGGCAACGUGCAGGCCGGUAUCAUCAACCCCAAAUUUGCCACUCGGGGCUGUGCUACAGAGAGUGCCUGCUACACGAAGCCUGGAGCUGAAGUGCCCUCAGCCUCCUAUCUCUACCUCCUCAGCCGAGUAGAAUGCCUGCCAGCCUCCCAGCCCCCAGGCAGGGCUGAGUGAAGAAAUGAAGAUAUGUGGCCUGGAACCCUCAUUUGUCCUCAGCCUGCAGCUCUCCAUAUGCCUGUAAAUUAAACAGAUUAA